AUGCAGGUGAAAAACCAGAUCUGCACCGAGCGGAGCAGCACCGACGACCCGGAGCAGGAUGACAGCCAGAAGAAGACCUCGUGUUUUUCCAACAUCAAGAUCUUCCUGGUGUCGGAAUGCGCGCUCAUGUUGGCACAGGGCACCGUGGGUGCAUAUUUGGUAAGUGUUCUGACCACUCUAGAGAGACGCUUCAACCUCCAGAGUGCAGAUGUGGGCGUCAUCGCCAGCAGUUUCGAGAUCGGCAACCUGGCCCUCAUCUUGUUUGUCAGCUACUUUGGCGCCAAGGCCCACAGACCCCGCCUGAUUGGGUGCGGCGGGAUCGUCAUGGCGCUCGGAGCGCUGCUGUCGGCCCUGCCCGAGUUCCUGACUCACCAGUACGAGUACGAAGCCGGGGACUCGUGGCACGCCGAGGACGGCAGGGACAUCUGCUCCAACAACUCCAGGUCAGAGAACCGGGACUCCGGGUUCAAAUGUGGCAACAGAGCCAACACCAACAUGAUGUACCUGCUGCUGAUCGGAGCCCAGGUUCUGCUGGGCAUCGGAGCCACGCCCGUCCAGCCUCUGGGAGUGGCCUACAUCGAUGACCACGUCCACAGGAAGGACUCCUCGCUCUACAUAGGCAUUUUAUUUUCGACAUUAGUGUUCGGUCCAGCCUGUGGCUUCAUCUUAGGUUCUGUCUGUACCAAAGUCUACGUUGAUGCUGUCUUCAUGGACACCAGUAAGCUGGACAUCACUCCUGAUGACCCUCGCUGGAUCGGGGCGUGGUGGGCCGGCUUCCUCCUCUGCGGUGCCUUACUCUUCGUCUCAUCCCUCUUCAUGUUCGGCUUCCCCCAGGCGCUGGACGAGCAGGACAUGGACGGUGGAGGGGAGAGCGAGCAGGCCAUGCUGCCUUCCUCCCUGACCCUGGAGUGCCAGGACUCUAAACCCAACGGGGCCGUUCAUGGCUUCGAUAUGAACAGCGGACUCUCAGUUUGUGAGCAUCUGAGAGUAAUCCCCCGGGUGACCAGGCACCUUCUCUCCAAUCCGGUGUUCAGCUGCAUCACGCUGGCAGCCUGCAUGGAGAUCGCUGUGGUCGCCGGUUUUGCUGCCUUCCUCGGGAAAUACCUGGAGCAGCAGUUCAACCUCACCACCUCCUCAGCCAAUCAGCUGCUAGGAAUGACAGCCAUCCCAUGCGCCUGUCUGGGUAUCUUCCUCGGGGGGCUGCUGGUGAAGAAGCUGAACCUGUCGGCUCUGGGCGCCGUCCGCAUGGCCAUGAUGGUCAACCUGGUGUCCACCGCCUGCUACGUCUCUUUUCUCUUCUUGGGCUGCGACACCGGACCCGUCGCCGGGGUCACUGUAGCCUACGGCAACGAGACGCUGCGGUCAUGGCAGCACCCUGAGUCGGCGUGCAUCAAUAACUGCAAUUGCUACACAGCAUCGGUGAGCCCCGUCUGCGGUUCCAAUGGAGUCACCUACCUCUCGGCCUGCUUCGCUGGCUGCACCAAACCUAACCUGACCAGCUGCACGUGUAUAUCCAGCUCCAGCGAGGAGGCGGUGGCUUUACCGGGGAAGUGUCCCAGUCCGGGCUGUCAGCAGGCCUUCCUCACCUUCCUGUGUGUGAUCUGUGUGUGCAGCAUGAUCGGAGCAAUGGCCCAGACGCCCUCUGUCAUCAUCCUCAUCAGAACUGUUAGUCCGGAGCUGAAAUCGUACGCCCUUGGAGUUCUGUUCCUCCUCCUGCGACUGAUUGGCUUCAUCCCUCCCCCGCUGAUCUUCGGCAUGGGCAUCGACUCCACCUGCCUGUUCUGGAGCUCCGUCUGCGGCGAGAAGGGCGCCUGCAUGCUGUACGACAACGUGGCCUACAGGCAUCUGUACGUCAGCAUCGCCAUCGCCCUCAAGUCGUCCGCCUUCGUCCUGUACGCCACCACGUGGCAGUGUUUGAGAAAGAACUACAGGAAAUAUAUCAAGAACAGCGAGGGCUACCUCACGCCCACCGAACUCUUCGCCUCCAACGUGACUCUGGACAAUUUGGGCAAGGAGAUCACCCAGAACCCGGCCAACAGGACAAAGUUCAUAUACAACCUGGAGGACCAAGAUGCGUGCGACAACAUGGAGUCUGUUUUAUAGUGGCGGUCUGCACCGCGGACGGGAGCCGAGGCCGUUAAUGUGCAACUGGAGUGACGUGCGAUGUUUCCUCGGUGCCACGUCAGUGUAGAAGAAUGUUCUUAGUAAGCUCCUUAUAUUCUUCUCACCCAAAACAUCAGACGUGGGGAAAGCACUUAAACAGAUGCUUCCCCAAAUGUUCUACAUCCCCAUUGCACCUUUUACUAAGUACACGGGCAAUCCUAUCCAUUAUAGUCAGACGGAAUAUUAAGCUGACUUUAUCAUUUUCUUCACACUUCCUUAAUUCGACAGAUAACGCGGGGAAAUAAAUUAGGAAUUACAUGGAAUGACUUUGCAGUUAAUGCGUUAUACCACUGAUCCACCGAGACGCUCCACUUUACUUCUAGUUCAUUGACAAGAAGCUCUGGAUUUUUUUUGAUUCAUGAAGAGACCAGAACUAUUAUCUUUAUUCCACGGUUUAUUUUCCUUCAGAAGGAAGAACUUCUCAGGUCCAGAUGCCAGAUAGAAAGGAUGACAGCGCGGUUGUUCAUCGUUAGUUUGUGCAUUCUUUUCACUCUGAGUAGUUUUAGUAGACACAACGUACACAACGUACGUACAGUCGGAACUACUAAGCAACCCUGCUGCAGAGAAUUAAUAACAAAGUUGUGUGUUCCCUCACUUAAUUGGCAAAGCUCACUGCAACAAAUGAUGAUUACAGAGGCUCAUAAGGGCACGAAGCAAAGGAGAACUAACAAACAUCAACAAGUACAGGAUGAAAUAUUGAUGAUAAUAUUGGGCAGCAUAUCACAUGAAGGACGCUCUGUUUCCUGGUUACAUUGUUAAAGCCUCAGAGCAUUGCAGAGUCAAAAUGUAAAAAAGUUUCAAUACAAAUCGCUUAAUCCCCCUGAAAACCAAUUCAUUUAUACCCAACUACACAACAACUGCAUUUCAUCUCAAGAGGAGAAAAGAAAAGAAUUUUGGUAUUUUUAUCGUUCAAUAUCUUAUAUAUAUAUAUAUAUAUAUACAAAGAGACAGGGAACAGUAGAACAAUAUUUGUCACAAAAAUAGAUUUUAUCUUUUGUGCCUCCUGUCUGACGAGAUCAGAGGGUGGAGUUCAGUUUGAGUUGACGUUGCACAUCUUGUUGAGAUUUUAGAAAAUCUUUCUCAGUGGCUUUCGAUGUAAUCGGUCCGAUCUUGUUCUAGAGGCCUUGUAGGACAUUUGUUGAGGGCAGUUGGGUUGAGCGUUGAGCCCGUAAGUAACAAUGAUCCCUUUACUGUGUUGUCGAGUUUUUUUUAACUUCAAACCAUAUUGCUAGUCCUCACUCUGGCAUUUAUAGGAAUGAGGUGCAACUUCCAAAAGUAAGUUUUAAAAAACGCAGUCACCCAGAUGUUUUAGCUGGCGAACUAAAAAGCAACGGACCGUGAGAGAGGAUGCAAGCGUUCGGUGGCCCACCCGCGAGUAGUCGGACGAGGCCUGAGCCGACUCGGCCCCUGAACCUGUGAAAUCUCUCCCACCGCUCAUCUGACCGUCCUAUAAUUCUGCCAGGAACACUUGUGUCGAUGGCAAACGGAGGUAGAAAUACAGUUGACUUGGUGGUGUAAUUCUACUCCAGGAAACGCAUGGAAUACACUGCUACAUCGCAAAUAAGACUCCGCGGGGUAAACGCACGCAGAGGGGCCACGGCGGGUGGAGGCUGUGGUGGUGGAGGAGGCCUUCGCCGAUGGAAUCUGUAACAGCAGCAACGCUCACAUGGCUGCACAGAGCGAGAGUGUGGAGGCAUUUAAAUAGGGCCGAGGCACUGAGACACGAUGAAUGUGGUGGGCUGGCUGUCAGCAGACACAGCAUAGCAUGACGCACAGUGUCCUGCCAGAAUUAGUUCAUUUAAAAGCAUGCUGGUAAAUGCAUGCAAUGUUAAAAAAUAGAUAUUCACUAUGUCACUAAGCUGCGGUUUGGUGGCCAUGGUAACGGUUAAAUACACAUUUAACUCCAAUGGCCUUCAAAUUCUAUUUUAGACCAUGGAGACGCUUUAUAAUGCAUACUGCAUUGUGAUGUUGACAAUUUUUUAGCAAACCUCAGCUGACUCACUCACACUGCAGUGAUUGUCUACAAACAAAUCGUUUUCUUCUGUCUAAUGAUAUUUAAGUUUUUAGGAACUCUGUAGGAUUCUGAUAUCUGACAUAUCCAGUUUAUAAAUAGAAUGUAUUGUUUUUUCUGGCUUACUUUGUAAGUAUUUAAUAUGUUUUGCAUCAAAAAUACGGACCUUUGUCCCGACACUCACCAUCGCAUAGAUUUUAUCCCCUUGUUGUUUGGAGUUAGAGGAGCAGUUCCACGUUUUGGGAAGUAAGCUUAAUCCCUUUGUUGUCGAGAGUUUGACAAGAAGAUCGAUGCCGCCCUCGUGUUUGCACGCCAGCUUAUUUAAGAAUGGAAAUAGGGGCGAAUGAUACCCCGACUUUGUCCGUAAGUGACAAGAUCCGAGAUUCCGUCUUACUGCUGAGAUAACCAGCUGCUGGUUCUGGCCUCGUACAUAAUGAACAGACAUUGGGGAGCUGUCAAUCACUUUCUGCAAUAAAGUAAAUAAGCGUAUUCCCGAAAACUGUCCCUUACAGUUUAAGUUGAUUCAGUCCCAUUUUAUGCUGCCGCUCAUAUUUAAUGAGUACAUUUCUUUGCGAAUGGUGGAAUCUGUCUGGGAUCCACACUAGUCAUAGGAUGUAUGUAGUUUAGUGUUUCAUUAACUAAUAGUGUGAGAUUCAAACUAUACAUUGAUGAUGCUCCAGCAUCUUAAAUAAUAAAGAGGACAUUCUGUAACGAGGGGAUGAGACAUGUAUGAGAUCAUCAUCGGACCUACAUGCAGCACGGAGCCCGACCAGACGAAUGUCGGCUAACGCGGCUUUUCAGCGCAGCAGUGAGACUUAAACUCAAGUGCUUGAAACCGUCUCCAUGCCCUAAAUUUGACUGUCCCUGGCAGGAGGAUUGGCGCCUAGCAGGACAUUCAGCCGAGCCGGACAUUAUGCCAAGAGCUUCUAACCGGGAGGAGGGUGUUAACUAACAUUAGCAGCUGGCCACCAUCUCCUCCUCAAUACCCCCCCCCCCCCCCCCCCCCUCCCCCCAAAAAGGGGUCACUGUCU